UUGCCGCCCCUGGCAGAUAGGCAGGCGUGAGGCUGUAAUAAUUUUUCGGCCGAGUUCACCCCACCAAACUACUUAUCCUCUCAGAGAACGACAGAAGUGCUCGCAAGAUCCAAACGGAAAGCAUUGGAAUUAGUUUUGAAUAAACAGUCUACCCUCACGCCACAAAUUACUACUACUCUUGAGGCACGUCCAUCAACGGCAACCUCAACCACACCAACACCAACACCAAUUAUCCCCACCCAUCAAUCACAACAGUAUCAUCAACAUCUUCAUCCUCAUUGCAAGUCUCCUCCCAAACGUGGAGCCAACAGCAUCAAUGAAGUUUGCUCCAAGACAGCCUUGACUUUCCCCUAUUUGUUUUACCACCGCUAUUAUUCACCAAAGAUAUGGGUGCUUCGGAACAAUAUUGUCUGAAGUGGAACGGCUUCGAGUCGAAUAUAACGUCCUCGUUCAGUGAUAUCCGAGAUGAUGAGGACUUUCUGGAUGUAACACUCGUCACGGGUGGACAAACGAUCCGAGCUCACAAACUCGUGCUCUCGGCUUGCUCGCCCCUCUUUCGGAGCAUGCUGAAGAAAAACACUCAUCCUCAGCCCAUGAUAUUUAUUCAUGGCGUCCGGUAUGCCGAUAUCACGGCCAUUCUCAACUUUAUGUAUCAUGGUGAAGUCAACGUGAGUCAAGAGGAUCUCCCCACGUUCUUAGCUGCCGCUGAGGAGCUCCGGAUACGAGGUCUUAGCGACAAAAACAAUCUCGAUGGUGAUCUGGAGCCUGGCGAGGACUCGUCCUCGCCCCGGAAGCGACCUCGAAAGCAGGAUCUUAGCGCCUCCAUUUCUCAAGAGGAAUCCAGCAAUCAUUCACCUCGUGCCAAAAAAGCUAAUACCAGCAGUGGUGGAUCCGAGGGUAUUAGUAUCAGUAACAAUCAACCGUCCACGUCCACUCUCGGAUUACCGGACGAAACCCCCUUGUCCGAGGAGGACACCAACAAAGAUCUUAUUGUCACCCCGGAUAUUGCUCCGGAAUUCCACGAUGACUCCAAUAGUGUGAGUGAGCAGGGCUACUCAGAAUUUGGAUUCCCUUAUGAACCUGGAACCCUCAAUAAUAGCAGCAUUAACUAUUCCCGACGGAGUGGGCGACUUGACGAUAGCCUGGAAGGCUCCUCUCUCCCAAUGUCAUUUUGGCCUCCAGACCACUCCGCAUUUCAAGCGGCCGCAGCCGCUGCGGCUUACAUGGAGCAUCACACCGGGGUUGUUGGGUUGAUGACAGAGGGCGUUGGUGGGAGCAUGGGGACCCGUCCGCACUGUCCGUAUUGCAAUAAAGAAAUGAAAAACGCCCACUCCCUCAACGUUCACAUCAGCCGCUACCACAACGAGAGCAGUGAAAGCUCUGUCGAAGUGAUCUGUCCGGUUUGCGAGCGCAAAUACGGCAACAAAUAUAGCCUAAGAACACAUAUGCAUUUAAAUCACAAAGAUCAGCUCCACUUAUUGGGGACCACGAAAAAAACGCGCAAAUCUGCACCUGAUUCUCCCCAAGCGUCUUCCGAAAACAACUCCAGAUCUUCCAAGAACAUUGACAAAAUCGAUAAUAACGAAUACUUAAAAAGAUACUUAGACCAGUAGAUCAGAGAAGAAGCAAACCGCAAAGAGGUGGUCUUUCAAGAUAAUGGGGUGCUUGUACCUGGUGAAACUUUAAAAGUCGGAACUUGCGAGGAAUAAUAAGUACUAUGCCAAUGAACUUCCUUAAAUAUGCCCAAAUUUAAAAGAAAAAGGAUUUCUUCCUCGAUCCUCGGAAUCCUAUGAACCCCUUGAACUAUAAAAAGAAGAAUUAGGCCACCAUUAAGGCUAACAUUUUAAAUGACGCACUAACAAAUAUGUCAAGCGAAAGACUCCUCCGACGAUGCUAUAUUACUUGUUAACUUCUUGAAAAUAUCCUUUUGCCUAAUGAACGAUAAGAAACGAGUGAGUAAAAGCGAAAUUCAGCUCACUGUUACUACAAAUGGCAACGUGUUAAUGCAGAAUCUCCCACCAAAACGUCAUGAAGUGCCGAUAAAUUCUACGACCUUUUGUAUUGCUAAAGCUAAAGCUAUAUAUAUUGUAUAUUUAUUUAUUCAUGUUAUCGUUGAAGCCAAUGGCCUCUUGGUUUGAAUCUCCAAGGCCUUUAAAAAAACAUCGAGAUAAAUUACCAUUGACAUUUUGACCUUGGAGUUGCCAGGCUUUCGUUUAUAUUAAAAAAUGUGUGAUCCGUGA